UCAAACGAGGCCUUUAAUCCAAUUUCCCAAACCUCAGGGGUAUACCUGUAAUUAGCCAUUCGUCUCACCAUCUUUGCUGCUGCUGGUGAGGGCUUUGCAUUAGAUAGAGAGAGAGAGAGAGAGAGAGAGAGAGAGGAAAUGGGGAAGUCGACGAAGGAUGCUCAGGCGCUUUUCCAGUCGCUUCGAUCUGCUUAUGUCGCCACUCCCACAAACCUCAAGAUCAUAGAUCUGUACGUAAUGUUUGCAGUCGUCACCGCUCUGAUUCAGGUCAUUUACAUGGCUAUUGUUGGAUCGUUCCCCUUCAACUCUUUUCUUUCAGGAGUUCUUUCUUGUGUCGGCACAGCGGUUCUUGCUGUUUGUCUCCGUAUCCAAGUGAACAAAGAAAACAAGGAAUUCAAGGAUUUGCCGCCAGAGCGUGCUUUUGCGGACUUUGUUCUCUGCAAUUUGGUGCUGCAUUUGGUGAUUAUGAACUUCAUUGGAUAAAGCGGCAUCUUAGGACUAGGAACAUUUUUCAUGUAAUAGUUCUAGUCAUUGAUCGCCCCUUCUUGUGAUAGAUUAUUAUAACUGCGAACACCAGGUUAUGAGUUAAAAACGCAAAGCUGUAUUGCUGCCCCUUUUGUUUGGAACAUUGGCAAGCAUCCUUUCACUGUA